UAUUCUUUGAAUCCGAAUUCUGACAUCUAAUAUCUAUACUAUCACUAAAGUGAGAAUAUUUACUUAUUUAUUCGUUUAAACAUAUAAAACAUUUAAAUAAAUAUUUGGGAAUAUACGAAACCUAUCGCUAGCUUUGUCUAAACUUAAAAACUAGAAUGGAUGAAAUUCUCGAGAUCUUGUUGUGUGCAAAUGAAACCAAACAAGAAAUAAAAGUGGAAAUUUUACAGAAAAUUUUACUGAUGGCAAAAGAGUGUGAUUCAGGGAAGCAUUGUAAAUCAUGGAAUAAUAUAGCAAACUUAUUGUGGAAUUCCUUGCAAAAAAAGUUUAGCAAAAUUGAUGAUCAAUUAUUAUGUUCCAUAUGCUUUUAUACAAUUGCUUCUUACACUGAUGAUUGUGAUAGGUAUAUCAAUGGGAUACAAAAAAUUCUUGAAUUUGAGAUUGAAAAUUUAAAACCUGGCAAUUUGAAAAUUUCACAAUGCAACAUUGCAUUAAUGUAUGGUUUAUUCCAAUCAAAUUUUCUUACUUCUCAGUGUGCAGGAGAUAUAAUUAAUUUUACUAGAGUUUUGCAAUUAACCUUUGAUUUACUAAUUAUAAUGGGAUAUGAAUACACGCAAUUCACUUUUCUUGCCUUUAAAAUAAUGAAAUCAUUUAAAAAAGUAUGUAAUACUAAAUGGCAAACAACAAUUUUUAAGAGAGACAAUCAAAUUAAAUUAAUGAAUGUUAUCAAUCAUAACUGGGAAAACCCCAUUACUGGAGUACGAGAUCUACUUAAGAGUAUUUUUAAUACUCUAUUAACUACUCUUGAUGAUGUAUUGUACCUUUUAACACUAAAAGAAAUUAAUCAAUUUUAUUGGAAUAAGGCCAAGUAUUUAAUGCUCUGUGAAGUAAUUCACGUAGACUGCAAAAACAUUUUAGUAUUAAUGUCCGAAAAUGAUUGGGCUCGGGGCCUUUUUAGCAGCCUCAAUAUUCCCAGCUUGGUGUCUGCUGGAGCUGAUAUGUAUUUUGCAAUUUUGAAAAGAAUAAAAUGUGUCGCCGAAUGGUGCAACAUUUUUCUAAACUCCACCAUUAGCCUUUUUCAAGAAGGAACAGAGAAAUCUAUUCAAAACUUCAGUAACUAUUGGUGUCUAACAACUUUUAAAAGAUUUCCAACUUUACUGGGAGUGUUCAUAGAAAAGAUAAUGAAAAACAACUUUAAACAAGAACCAUAUGCUUUGAUGUGUAUCAUAAAACAAGGUAAUAAACUUGGCAUUUUUGAAAAAGAUUGGAAUUUGUACAGCGGCUCAAAUAAUAUCAUGAAUACGGUAGAGAUGGCUUUGGAACACAAAAUUGCUCCGCUGCGUAUAGACGCUUUCGAUAUUGUUUGUGUUUCACAUAGUAAAUCACUGCCCAUACAAAGGGAAUACACACAUGUUCUGGAGUACUUAAAGAACAAUAUGAACUCAGACUGCACUGUACUGAGAUUAAAUAUGAUGCGAAGUUUAAAAUCAUUUUUAAACCAACUACACGUUUCCUAUUUAAACUAUAUGAAAACCUACAAAAAUUGUGAUGUAAUAGAUCUCAUUUGCUUUUGUAAAAGCUUGCAAGAAAUAGUAUUUGAAUCUUUAGAGUUGAAUGGCAAUUAUCAAAGGAAAAUAACAGCAGUUAAACUGACUUAUUUGAUUAUGGAGUGCUUCAAUGAAGUUCCUAGAAAGAAGAAAAAACAGAUAAGACAGACUAACACAUCUCUACUGCAUUAUCUAAAAACAGAGAAGCAAUGGUUUUUGGGUGGAGAAAAAAUGACUGAGAUAUUAAUUAAGCUUUUGAAGGAUCCUUCAGAUGAUGUAAGAGAAAAUGUAGUUCAAUUAUUACUGAAAUACUACUUAAAUGAAAUACAAAAUGCGAAUUUCCUAAACAAUUUGGCGACAGAAGCUCUUUCUUGCAUUAGAAGUAAAUUCUUCUUUGUAAGUAAUUGUGGUCAAAGUAUGUUGAAAUUACUCAGUAAUUUAUUAUUAAUACCCAGAAACAUUGAAACAAAGUAUCAAAGCAUUGAGGAAAUUUUCAACUAUGCUUAUAAUGAGUUACUAUCUGAAUACAAAAAGGAUAUAAUGACUUCAAUUGAAAACGAGACACAAUUAUAUUCAUUCAUAAAUAUUUUGAUAGUAGUGCUAGAAGUUUGUAUUGACAACUCAUAUAACAUACAAUUAUCAACUGAUACAAUUCAUGAGUUAAUUCGUGUUUUGCAAUAUACUACCAAUCAAUUUACUUGGGAGCAAGAUAAUUGUACUAGUUCAGAUUUUGCAAAAAUGAGCGAAGUGGUUGAGGGAAUGAUAGCUCAAUCUGAAAAUUCAGCUUAUAAUGAAAACGAUGAAGUAAAAAUUUCAGGCAUACAUCAAAUUGUUUUGAAUUGCCUUUGGUUAAACGUUAAGGCAUCAUGUGAUUUAGCUUCACUCUUGGUGCAAUUUAAUAAGGAUGACUUUGAAACAUGUAGAAAAUGUUUAGAACUCAUUACUCACGUUCUAGAGAGAUCACGACAUAAAGGGGCAAUAGAAGCUGCAGGUGCAGCAUUAGGAAAAGUUAUACAAUGUUUGACAUCUUUACCUGAGGAGUCGAAUAUUUUAAAUUCAAUGAAUAGCUUCCUUGAAUCUAAAUUAAACGAGUUGAUAUCUAAAGUCUAUAAUAUGGCAUCCAUAACACGAAGAGGAGCAGGUCUUCCUAUAAUGGUUCACAGAAUUGUUUCAAGUGACAUGAAUAAGGGAAAGCCGCUAUUUCACUACUUUUUAAAGAACAUAUUGGAGCUGUGUAACUCCGUACACGAUGUACCCACACUAGAAGACAAUGCUUCCGUUUUAGAAAACGAAAUGGAUUUACCUAAAGCUAUCUACAUCCACUUCUUAACAAAAGUAGUAACUGACAGCAGUUUGGCUUGUGACGUAAUGUACUACUCAUCAGAGCUCUCCGAACUGGCGUUUUUAAACCUAACCAGCGAACAUUGGCAAAUAAGGAACGCAGCUUUACAACUUUAUGGUGCAUUGAUUCCACGACAAAUAGGACAAAAAAAGGCCCUUGGCACUGACGAUAAUACAAUUGCGACGGUAGCUUGGGACGAAUUGCGAACUCAUUCUCCAAGACUGUGGAAGAUGAUCACGACCCGAUUACGUAUAGAGAGCCAAUCUAUUCAAAUAGUGUCUCAUUCGAAUCUAGUACCCAUUUUAAAUUUAUUGGCCAGUUGCGCUAAGAGAUAUAAUCUUUCUUUUGAUUGCGAAUCACAGGUUGACGAAUUGUUGACAAGUUUGAUACUACUAUUAGGUAGUCCAAUAUAUAUAGUCAGAAGGUUAUCAGCUAAAUGCAUUUCGAAUAAUUUUAAAUUUGAAGAAGUUGGUUUAUUAUCAUAUGGAAAAUUUAAUUCUGAAAAUUUUAUCCAUGGUACACUUAUGUUGUUGAAACAUUAUACAGAGGAAUCUUUUAACAUGGAUACAUUUGAUAAGACGAAAAGUUAUAUUGAAAAUAUUUUAACAAAUAAAAUACAUUCAUACUUAUGUAAACAAUACUUUGAAGAUAUAUUUUGUAACAAACCUCUGGCUUUAAAUGAUAUAGAAGAUUCCUUUUUCGUUUUAGAAAACAAAAUGUAUGAACCAGGAGUAUUUUUUUGGGCAGAUGCGCGUUUACAAAAGUAUCUUCGGACGUGUCCGUGGUUUGAAAUUCCAAAUUUAUUAAAAAUGUUUUUCAAUUAUGAGGGUUAUGAUAGAUGUCUCAAGUAUUUAUUGUUGAAAAUGAAAAGGGAUAUGAUUAUUUCCGAACCUAUUCUCUUAGAAAUUACAAAUACUUUACUGGAGUUCAACAAAAAAUAUGAAAGCAGUUACAUUUGGAAAAUUAUAUUUGAAGUGUCUCUAAGGACUGAUUUAACUAAAAGUUCUGAAAUUAUUUCCUUCUUAAACAAUUCAGUGGACUUGGUGUUUUCAUAUAAACUUAGGUACAUUGUUCCAUUAGCAGCAAAAGUACUAGAAUGUUUAGAAGAAAAAGUUCAGUUGCAUUUCUCUAAAAUUAUAUGGCAAUUGUCUGAUCCUGAGAAGAUGGAUGUAAACAUGCGGCACAUAGCUGCAUUAGCUAAUAAUAAAGUUGCAGAAGUAUUUAAGAAAUUACCUAAAAUGGUGAAGAUUAACUCUCUGAAAUCAGCCAUUAUUUUAUUACAAGAUGAAGAUGUGGAUGUCAGAAAUUUGAGUGUCAUUUUUUACAAAUAUAUAAGUCAAGAAUGUGCCGAAAAACAAUGUUAUAUCUGCCUUAAAAGAAUUAUGCAAAAAGAGUUUCUAGAAAGUUUAUUUUGUGAACCAAAUGCAAUUGAAAUGCUUUCUAAUGACUUGUCUGAAGUACUGCAAAAUCUCAAUAACAAACAAAAGAAUGAAUUUAACCCAUUUGCUAAUGACCUUAAAAAUAUAUACUUAGAAGUAGAUGUUUUGCAGCAACUUUUGGAUAGUUUGAAGAACUCUGAUUAACCUAAAUAAAGUAUAUGAGAUAAAGAAAAAAAUGUUAUUUGCACUCGAUUAUAAUAACAUUUAUUUAAUUAGAUAUUCAUCAUAAUA